CCUCCAAAGCAAAACCCACCAAAACGGCCAUCAAAACUCAACAACGCUGUAAACAACAAAAAGGCUCGCAUUUUACUUUCCAAAUUCCGGAGAAGGCAAAAAUAAAACACCAGAACUAACAUUGGACGCAAGCUUCAUUUCUCCUUCACUUCACUCGAAUGCUAACCACUGUUAAACUCCGAUUACUCGCCAUGUCCAGCGCUAAGAUGUUAUCGCCUGCCAAAUCCUCGUCUAUAGCCUUCAAAGGCGGUUUCUCUUCUAAUUCUUCAAAUCUCCUUUUCAACGGAGGACUUGGCAAGUAUAAUCGCCUCGCUUUCUCUUCUCAGUUCGCUAACGCCGCCGUUUCUCUUCGAUGCUUUGCUUCUUCUUCUUCUUCUUCCUCUACGGGAUUUGAUCGAGUUAAAGUUCAGAAUCCUAUCGUUGAAAUGGACGGUGAUGAAAUGACAAGGGUCAUUUGGAGAAUGAUAAAAGAUAAGCUUAUAUUUCCUUACCUGGAUUUGGAUAUUAAGUAUUUCGAUUUGGGGAUAUUGAAUCGUGAUGCUACUGAUGAUAAGGUCACUGUAGAAAGUGCAGAGGCCACUCUUAAGUACAAUGUUGCUGUAAAAUGUGCUACAAUAACUCCUGAUGAGACCAGAGUUAAAGAAUUCGGCCUGAAAUCUAUGUGGAGGAGUCCAAAUGGCACUAUUAGAAACAUCUUAAAUGGCACUGUUUUUCGUGAACCUAUUCUCUGCCUGAAUAUUCCAAGAAUUGUUCCUGGUUGGAAGAAACCCAUUUGCAUCGGUAGACAUGCCUUUGGUGAUCAAUAUCGUGCCACAGAUACACUUAUUAAAGGGCCAGGAAAACUUAAAAUGAUUUUUGUACCAGAGGAUGGCAACACGCCACUGGAACUUGAUGUUUAUGAUUUUAAGGGCCCAGGUGUAGCGCUUGCUAUGUAUAAUGUUGAUCAGUCUAUUCGAGCUUUUGCCGAGUCAUCAAUGUCACUAGCAUUUGCAAAGAAGUGGCCCCUUUACUUGAGCACCAAAAACACUAUUCUGAAGAAAUAUGAUGGCAGGUUUAAGGACAUUUUCCAGGAGGUAUAUGAAGAGAAGUGGAAGCAGAAGUUUGAGGAACAUUCAAUAUGGUAUGAGCAUCGACUAAUUGAUGACAUGGUUGCUUAUGCUGUAAAGAGUGAAGGUGGCUAUGUUUGGGCUUGCAAAAAUUAUGACGGAGAUGUCCAAAGUGAUUUACUUGCUCAAGGAUUUGGCUCAUUGGGCCUCAUGACGUCGGUGCUGUUGUCAUCUGACGGAAAGACACUAGAAGCUGAGGCAGCUCAUGGGACUGUAACUCGUCAUUUCCGGUUAUUUCAGAAAGGACAAGAAACUAGCACAAACAGUAUUGCUUCAAUAUUUGCAUGGACACGAGGAUUAGAACAUAGGGCCAAACUUGAUAAGAAUGAAGGGUUGCUUGAUUUUGUGCACAAGUUAGAGGGUUCAUGCAUUGAGACAGUAGAAGCAGGAAAAAUGACAAAAGACCUUGCCAUUUUGAUCCACGGUCCUAAGGUGUCAAGAGAAUUUUAUUUGAACACGGAAGAAUUUAUUGAUGCUGUUGCUCAGAAUCUGGAGUCAAAGCUUCGGGAACCUGCAGUUGUGUAAUCAAAAUAUUCUAUCUGUACUCUAUUCCCAAACAAAACCAAAAUCAGUAAAUAAAGAAUACUCAUAAGGAUGGUUGAUUCUUUUGGCACGUAACAUAUACUUGGUUUGACUGUCAAUGGAAAUUCUGCGAGUUUUUCUUUAUAAAACUUGGCGAUGUUUA